AUGGGGUGCUGGGGCCGCAACCGCGGGCGGCUGCUGUGCAUGCUGCUGCUGACCUUCAUGUUCAUGGUGCUGGAGGUGGUGGUGAGCCGCGUGACCGCUUCGCUGGCCAUGCUCUCCGACUCGUUCCACAUGCUGUCGGACGUGCUGGCGCUCGUCGUGGCGCUGGUGGCCGAGCGCUUCGCCCGGCGGACCCACGCCACGCAGAAGAACACGUUCGGCUGGAUCCGCGCCGAGGUGAUGGGCGCCCUGGUGAACGCCAUCUUCCUCACCGGCCUGUGCUUCAUCACAGGCUUUAGGACCUGUCUGGGCAUGUUCAACAUUUACUUCACUUAG